UUGAGUGGAUGAUUCUCGCCACCAUCAUUGCCAAUUGCAUCGUCCUGGCCCUGGAACAACAUUUGCCCGAUGGUGAUAAGACGCCGCUCUCUGAACGCCUUGACGACACAGAGCCGUAUUUCAUUGGGAUCUUCUGUUUUGAGUCUGGGAUAAAAAUCCUGGCGCUGGGAUUCGCCUUUCACAAGAAUUCGUACCUGAGGAACGGAUGGAACGUGAUGGACUUUGUGGUGGUGCUCACAGGGAUUCUGUCCACUGUGGGCUCGGAUUUUGACCUGCGGACCCUGAGAGCCGUUCGAGUCUUGAGGCCCCUCAAACUGGUGUCCGGUAUUCCUAGUCUACAGGUAGUGCUCAAAUCCAUCAUGAAGGCGAUGAUUCCCCUGCUGCAAAUUGGGCUCCUGCUUUUCUUCGCCAUCCUCAUGUUUGCCAUUAUCGGCUUGGAGUUCUACAUGGGAAAAUUCCACACCACCUGUUUCGACAAUCACACAGGGGAGAUCCGAGAAGAGUUCCCAUGUGGGACAGAACUUCCAGCACGGUUGUGUCCAGAGGGUACCAUGUGUCGACAGUACUGGCUGGGUCCAAACUACGGCAUCACCCAGUUCGACAACAUCCUUUUUGCUAUCCUCACCGUCUUCCAGUGUAUCACCAUGGAGGGCUGGACUGAGCUGCUGUACUAUAGCAACGAUGCCUCAGGGAGCACCUGGAACUGGAUGUACUUCAUCCCUCUCAUCAUCAUCGGCUCCUUCUUCAUGCUCAACCUGGUGCUUGGUGUGCUGUCAGGCGAGUUUGCCAAAGAGAGAGAGCGAGUAGAAAACAGAAGCGAGUUCCUCAAGCUCAGGAGGCAGCAGCAGAUUGAAAGAGAACUCAAUGGUUACUUGGAGUGGAUCUGCAAAGCUGAAGAGGUUCUUUUGGCAGAUGAUGAAAAUGAAAAUGACUACGAUGGCUCCCGCAGGAGAGCCACCAAGAACCACAAGAGCAAAGCUGAGCUUCUAAACCCAGAGGAGGGGGAGGGAGAUCUGGCAGUUGGCUCACCAUUUGCCCGUGCCAGCUUAAAAAGCUCCAAACUGGAAGGCUCCACUUUCAAGAGGCGGGAAAGGCGGUUACGCUUCUUAAUCCGACACAUAGUCAAGUCGCAAGCCUUCUAUUGGACCGUGCUGUGCUUGGUGGGCCUCAACACAAUGUGUGUGGCCGUAGUGCACUAUGACCAGCCAGAACCACUCUCAGAUUUCCUAUUUUACGCUGAAUUUAUCUUCCUGGGAAUAUUCUUGACGGAGAUGAUGGUGAAGAUGUACGGCCUUGGAAAGCAGGCAUACCUCAACUCCUCUUUCAACUGCUUUGACUGCAUUGUGAUAUGUGGCAGCAUAUUUGAAGUGCUGUGGUCCAUCAUCCAGCCGGGCACCUCAUUCGGCAUCAGUGUUUUACGAGCUCUCAGGUUAUUGAGGAUCUUCAAGGUCACCAAGUACUGGGCAUCUUUACGGAACCUUGUUGUGUCUUUGCUCAACUCCAUGAAAUCCAUCAUCAGCUUGCUGUUCCUUCUCUUUCUCUUCAUCGUGGUGUUCGCCCUGCUGGGCAUGCAGCUCUUUGGAGGACAGUUUAAUUUUGAAAAUGGCACUCCUCCAACCAACUUUGAUACCUUCCCGGCAGCAAUAAUGACAGUUUUUCAGAUCCUGACAGGCGAAGAUUGGAACAUGGUGAUGUAUGACGGCAUCAAGUCUCAGGGCGGAGUCAACAAAGGCAUGGCCUUCUCCGUCUUCUUCAUUGUUCUCACACUUUUUGGCAACUACACUCUGCUAAAUGUCUUCUUGGCUAUCGCUGUGGACAAUUUGGCCAACGCACAAGAGCUAACUAAGGAUGAGCAAGAGGAGGAGGAAGCUGCCAGUCAGAAAAUCGCCUUGCAGAAAGCCAAAGAGGUGGCAGAAGUCAGCCCCCUGUCAGCUGCCAAUCUCUCCAUAGCAGCCAACAAAGUACACAGUGAUUGUCACAACGCUACCGACCCCUUUCUGGACUGUAAAGAGCAAUAUAAGAACCACAAUAAAGGUCUCAGUAAGUCGGUGUGGGAGCAGCGCACCAAGGAGCUGAGGAGACAGACCCUGGCUUCCAGUCGCGAGGCCCUCUACAACGAGCUGGACCCUGAAGACCGCUGGAAGGCAAGGACAGGGAGGGAGGAGCACAACAAUGUGAACUUCGCACGACAAGUCCGACCUGAUAUGAAAACUCACCUGGAUCGUCCUUUGGUGGUUGACCCCCUUGAGAACCGCAACAACAACACCAACAAGAACACCGAGAACAAUCCAGAACUCUGCUUUAGCCAGCAGCAUCCCACCGACAACCUCCACACACAAACACACCUCCACCAACACAGUGGUCAAGUCGGCCCUGUCAAACCUCCUCUAGAGCGAGGCGAGUCCACCGAGAGCAGGCGGAGCCGGAAAGGAGCUCACCACCACCGCACCUCCCAUGUCAGACUGGAUGCAACCGUUAUUCCUGGGCCCGGUUCUGAGGAGAGACCCACCAGGCGCCAUCACCACAACCGCAGUGGAAGUCGUGGGGCCGGGCUGUCCGAACACAAAAAGCCCAGGUCGCAUCGCAAGAAUGAGGAAGAUGAGGAGGGUCGAGAAGGAGCUGGAAAAACAGGAAGACACAAGAGCAAAGGAGUAGAUGGAGGUGGUGAGGGAGAGAAGGAGGCAGGUGGUGAUGGCAGUGAGAGGAGGCCAAGGAGGAGUCGCCAUAGCAACCAGACGGAAGGAGAGGGGAAGAAGAUGUGCCAACACCGGAGGAAGGAUGGUAGCGUCCCAAACCUCUCCACCACACGACCCAUCCAAAAGAGACUGUCUCGGCAAGACGGGCAGGACAGUGAAGAUAUGGACAACCUCAUGAAUACCAAACUGGUUUCUGUCUCCACCCCUCCCAGCGAGCGUGCCCUUAAUCCAGUCGCCAACCACGCCGCCAUCGCUGGUUUUGGUUCUGCCUUCCAACUUUCUAACAGUAGCACUCGAGGGAGUUUAGUCAGAUUAGAUAGCUACGGGAACAUCGGCCAUCAUCGUGCCAACAGCGUCGUUAGGCAACCACACCCUGACUACACUGCUCUAGAUAUGCCAAUUUUUCCCUCCACCAAUGCCAUCCUGCAGGUCAAUAAAAAUGCCAACACAGAGCCAUUGCCAGCGAAGGAAGACAAAGAUGAUGAUGAUGACGCCAAGGGAGGUGAGGGAGGGCCCAGGCCCAUGCCUCCCUUCACCUCCAUGUUCAUCCUGUCCACCACUAACCCGUUUCGCCGGGCCUGUCACUACGUCUGCACUUUGCGCUACUUUGAGAUGUGCAUCCUGCUGGUCAUCGCCAUGAGCAGUAUCGCCCUCGCUGCUGAAGACCCAGUCUGGCCUGAUUCCACGCGGAACAAUGUCCUGCGUUAUUUUGACUACGUCUUCACAGGAGUGUUCACAUUUGAGAUGCUUGUAAAGAUGGUGGAUCUGGGCUUAGUUUUGCACCAGGGUUCUUAUUUCCGAGACUUGUGGAACAUCCUUGACUUUAUUGUGGUUAGUGGCGCUCUGGUGGCCUUCGCCUUCACGGGGAGCAGCAAGGGAAAAGACAUCAGCACCAUCAAGUCCUUGAGGGUGCUCAGAGUGCUGCGGCCACUUAAGACGAUAAAGCGUCUCCCCAAACUCAAGGCUGUUUUUGACUGCGUGGUGAACUCUUUGAAGAACGUCCUCAAUAUUUUGAUCGUCUACCUUCUCUUCAUGUUCAUCUUUGCUGUGGUGGCCGUCCAGCUUUUUAAGGGACGUUUCUUUUACUGCACCGACGAAUCCAAAGAGUUUGAGCGCGAUUGCAGAGGCGAAUAUUUGGUGUAUGAGCGCGAUAACGAAGUAAAGGCACAGAAGCGGGAGUGGAAGAAGUACGAUUUCCACUACGACAAUGUGGCUUGGGCCCUUCUCACCCUCUUCACUGUUUCCACUGGAGAGGGGUGGCCGCAGGUGCUGAAACAUUCAGUGGAUGCGACUUACGAGAAUCAGGGCCCCAGCCCCGGAUACAGGAUGGAAAUGUCCAUCUUUUACGUCGUGUACUUCGUGGUCUUCCCCUUCUUCUUUGUCAAUAUCUUUGUGGCUCUCAUCAUCAUCACCUUCCAGGAGCAAGGAGACAAGAUGAUGGAGGAUUAUAGUUUAGAAAAGAACGAGAGAGCUUGUAUCGAUUUUGCCAUCAACGCCAAGCCUCUGACUCGCCACAUGCCCAAGAACAAGCUCAGCUUUCAGUACCGCAUGUGGGAGUUUGUGGUGUCGCCGCCAUUUGAGUACACUAUCAUGGCAAUGAUUGCGCUCAACACAAUUGUGCUGAUGAUGAAGUAUGACGGAGCAUCGGAAACCUACGAAGGCGUCUUAGCCAACCUGAACAUAGUGUUUACCUCGCUUUUCUCCAUGGAGUGUGUACUCAAGAUCAUCGCCUUUGGAGUACUGAAUUAUUUUAAAGAUGCCUGGAACAUCUUCGACUGUGUGACAGUUCUGGGCAGCAUCACAGACAUUCUGGUCACCGAACUUGGGAAUAACUUCAUCAACCUAAGUUUCCUGAGGCUGUUCAGGGCAGCUCGUCUCAUCAAGCUGCUGAGGCAAGGAGAAACCAUUCGAAUUUUGCUUUGGACCUUCGUUCAGUCCUUCAAGGCUCUGCCUUAUGUAUGCCUCCUCAUUGCCAUGCUCUUCUUCAUCUACGCGAUCAUUGGGAUGCAGCUUUUCGGGAACAUUGCUAUUGAAGAAGACGGGGAUAGUGCUAUCAACCAGCACAACAACUUCAGGACCUUUGUUCAGGCUCUCAUGCUCCUCUUCAGGAGUGCGACAGGGGAAGCGUGGCAUGAUAUCAUGUUGUCUUGUCUCGGGGGGAAACCAUGCGACGAGCUGUCUGGGAAUACAGAGCCAGAGUGUGGCAGCCAGGUGGCUUACCUCUACUUUGUCUCCUUCAUCUUUUUCUGCUCAUUCCUGAUGCUGAAUCUGUUUGUGGCCGUCAUCAUGGACAACUUUGAGUAUCUGACAAGAGAUUCUUCCAUACUUGGACCUCACCACCUGGAUGAGUAUGUCAGGAUAUGGGCAGAGUAUGAUCCUGCUGCCUGUGGCAGGAUCAGUUGCAGGCAAAUGUAUGACAUGCUGAGGCACAUGUGUCCUCCACUAGGCCUCGGGAAGAGGUGUCCUGCACGUGUGGCCUACAAGAGACUCCUUCGUAUGGACCUGCCCGUGGCUGACGACAACACCGUUCACUUCAACUCCACCCUCAUGGCUUUGAUACGCACGGCGCUCGACAUCAAGAUCGCUAAGAUUUCGGAAGGUGGCAUCGACAAGCACCAGAUGGACGCAGAGCUAAGGAAAGAGAUGAUGGCGAUCUGGCCCAAUCUCUCCCAGAAGCAUCUGGACUUGCUGGUUACGCCCCAUAAGUCAGCGACAGACCUGACAGUGGGCAAAAUCUACGCUGCCAUGAUGAUCAUGGAGUACUACAGACAGAGCAAGAUCAAGCGCUCUCAGGCUCUUCGGGACGAGCAGAAUCGAACGCCAUUACUAUUUCAGCGCGUGGACCCUUCCCCCACCCAGGACGGGGGCCCGGCCCUCAACAACGCCCUCCCUCCACCUGAGACCACAGAGACGGUGAACAGCCUCCCGGUGGAAGGGGGGCUGCCGGAGAGCCGCUCAUGGGUCACAGCCCGUGCUCAGGAGAUGUCUCAGAAGGUCGGGAGCUGGAGCCCUGAAGAUGGCCUGGGAAGCAUGACCACGUCACAGACGGUAGAGAUGAGAGAGAUGGGGCAGGAUGGUUACUCGGAUACUGAGCACUUUCCACCAAUGGAAGGCCACGGCAGGGCCGCUUCCAUGCCCCGCCUACCAGGCGACAACCAAACCAUCAGUGACAACAGCCCCAUGAAGCGCUCGGUCUCGUCUUUAGGUCACAGCAGGUCAGGCCGCAGCAGCAGAGACAAAGGAGGCCCAGAUGUCUACAACAUGGAUCAUGUCAUACCGGAGGAGGAAGGUCGAGCUCCAAGACACGGGCACAGGAGGAAAGAGCGCAGCCAUCGUGCCUCCGAGAGGUCGCUGUGUCGCUACACGGAGGCCGACACAGACAUUAACACCACCACCCAGUCAGGUGACCUGAUGUCCAAGGACCGGGAUCGAGACCGAGACCGCGGUCGCUCCAAAGACCGCAAACACCAUCACCACCAUCAUCACCAUCACGGUUCAGUGGACAAAGAACGGUACGCCGCCGAGCGAGGAGGCGACUACGGCCGCAAACACUCCCGCGACAGAGAGCCCGACCGGGAGAGGGAGCGAGAAAGGGACCAGCGCUGGUCGCGAUCCCCCAGCGAGGGUCGUGACUGCAUGACGCACAGACAGGGCAGUAGUUCGGUCAGUGGAAGUCCCGUUCCAUCGACCUCCGGGACUAGCACGCCACGUCGGGGCCGCCGCCAGUUGCCUCAGACGCCCGCGACGCCCCGCCCCCAUGUUACGUACUCCCCCGUAGUCCGUAAGGCCGUGCCCUCACAACCCGCCGGGCCGCAGGGACGGGCCCCGGCCCCGGCACCCCGGCGGUUAUCUCCCGAUCCCCCUCAAGGCCAGGUUCCUCUUGCUGGCGUCCCGAUGACUCACCAUGGCGCGCCCCGCCAGGGUCAUCACCCCCCGCUUCGCUGGGGGGACACAGGUGGAGGCUCCAUAGAAGGGGACGGCUGCUUUUAUAACCAAAAUUACGCGCCCACACAUGAACCAGUCAGCAACCCCCACCCACAUCCUUUAGCGAGCCACACACUGCCGCCUCCUCCCCAACCACAGCCACACCCUGUAAACAACCCGCACCCUCACCCUUUGCCGCCUCACCCGCAGCCAAACCGUAUCUCACCUAGGACCGUCCACCACGCACCCCCUUCUACUGCCCCUCUUCAGGGCCAAGUGCAGCCGUCUGCCCAGCGCCGUCUUCCCAAUGGCUACCGCUCUUCAUCGCCCUCCACACAUCUCCAAGGACCCCAACAUAGUGGGCCUCACAAGGUCCCGCCCCCGGGGGCACACCCUAGAGGACCCCGCAAGGGCCUGCAUGAACCCUAUGGGGAGAAGCAGCAGGACGACUGGUGCUAGCCUCUGGGGAUGUGGGAGUGACGGAAUGCAGUACUUUUAUAAACACUUGGAAUGUUCCGGAAAUGCUGGUCUUGCUGAGGCAUCUGAAUGAAAUAAUUAAAUAUUUCCCCCAAAAUAUAGAAGAGGUACCAAACUUCAUCACUUGACAAACUCACACUUACUUUUAAGGAUGCAAGAAGUAGGGGCGAUCGACACUUAUGCUUCUGUGUCUUAAAUUCUGCCUCUGGUCAAGAGCUACAGCCACUUACAAGAUGUCAAGAGUUGCGACUCAAUUAAAAAGCAAAAUAAAUAAAAAAAACAGACAAAACAUUUUUUUUUUUUUUUGCUUCCUAAAGCUAACUUAUGUUAGCUUGGAAGAAGAGGAAGUCACUUCCAAGCCUCCCAGCCACCUGUUGAAUAUUGAUGAGUUUUAUCAUCUGUGUUUUUAAAUAAGAACAACAAAAAAAACUUCCGGAAGUGGGUGGGACGGACAGAACGGGAUGAUGUUUACCCUUGAAGUCCUUAACCCCCACCCGGGGAACAAUACACACCACACCAUCCUCUCAGUGGCGAUGAAGGGUUGAACCACCGAACCAGAUUUCUGCAGCAUUUCUUCUUCUUCUUCUUCUUCUUGGAUACACUGAGGCUUGAAUCUUCUGUUGCACCCCCCCACACAGAUUUUUUAAGACUUGUAAACCAGUGCAAUCCUGCAUGAAUGAUUGAAAAAAAAAAAAGAAAUGACAAUAUUAGCAUUAAUGAGAAUCUACUAUAUGUAGGAAGGAGGUCAUUCUCUCCUUCCUUCUUGUUGUAGCCUGUAGGUUUCUCUCCCUUUUUUUUUUAUACCGGCAUUUUUGUUCCCCCCUCCCCCACAUGACAUUCCUCUUUUUAUAACCUCAUUUUCACUCCAGUGACAGGAAGUCAUAGACAGAAGUGAUGUGUGUCGUCGUACGUGACAAAAUGACUUUUGGCUUGCUCGUCUCUCUAUGUUGUGUGCCAAAUGCCUGCCACUCAUAACAGAUAGAAAUGCACUUCUUCUCUUUCUUUUGGCGGCGGUGAUCUUCGAAAGAUCAACUGGGAAAGCAGGGUAAACACGGACAAGCGUGACGUUAACGGAAACAUUUUCUGAGGUCUUCCAGAGGGAACGAGACCGGUGGGAAAGUGAAGAAAGGAGAGAAACGCUUUGUUUUCUUUGACCAUAACAGGGGAGAACAUAAACAAACUAACUCUGGGUUGCACCUCUUACCCAUUGCAUUGUGGGAGAUGAUCUUGGGUGGUCAUUGGUGGACUGCGGUUAUUUGAAUAGAGGCGUUAUUAGAACAAUAAUGUUGAUUUAUGGCUGGCAUGGCCAGCAGUACGUCGAACGUCGGCCAAGGCUGCCCUUUUGUCACCGACUCUGUUCGUCGUUUGGACAGACUUUCUAGAACAGUGGUUCUUAACCUGGGUUCGAUCGAACCCUAGGGGUUCGGUGAGUCGGCCUCAGGGGUUCGGCGGACCCUCCGCCACGGAGGUCGAGACACACCCGACUCAUUGUGUAAAUAAAAACUUCUCCCUAUCUGCGUAUUAUGGAUACGGCAGCAGCAGAAGUCACACUGAUUUGCAGGUGUGUCAUUUGUUGUGAGUUCAUGCACUGUGUUGGUUUUGUUCUUUGAACAAGGUGAUGUUCAUGCACGGUUCAUAUUGUGCACCGGUAAAAAAACAUAUAACUUUGUCUUGAAUUUGAAAAAAAAUAUAUAUAUAUUUUUCACUAAAAAAGGGUUCGGUGAAUGCGCACAUGAAACUGGUGGGGUUCGGUACCUCCAACAAGGUUAAGAACCACUGUUCUAGAAGAAGAAGUUGUCCAGUUCAGGGGUUUUGGGUUUAGGGUGAGGUCUUGAGGGGUGGAGAAAUUCAAGUAUUUUGGGGUCUUGUUUACAAGUGAGGGAAGUCAAGAGCGUGCGAUCGACAAGCGUAGGGCUUUUUGUGGACAUAAACAAGAUUUUGUUUGUGUCCCCAUUUCGGUCUUUAAGGCCCCUUCUACACUAAGCCGGCUUAGUAGGCUUUGUUAUCCAGGGUAGAUCCCACCUAACCUUACCCUGGUCCACACACGCACAAUGGUCGUUUAAGACGCGACCUAGUAUGCAUGCGCGGAAAAUGUGCACGUCAUAGUCACCUCCAGUGUUGCUUUGUGUGCAAGUUGUUAAAUUAAAUUUAACUUAUCUGAACAAUAUCCAGUGUUGUGGUAUUUCAAUUAACUGGAAUCCAGUGGGCUGUGGGGCCCUAUUGUAGUGAAUCACACCUGAGCCAUCAUAAAUUAAUCAAAUCUUUAAUGGACAUGUGAAAGUAAACAAUGUGACAAAGAACAUUUUACAACAAUCAAUCUCGGGAUCUAGAUAUCUGGUCAGGACACUCCUCACUCUUUUGCCUUCACCUUCAUUGUCCAUUUGUUUUUGGUGACUUUAUAUACUCUGGACCUAGACGUUGAGUCCGCGACAUACAUGGCGGACAAUAACUGAUACAGUCUGCUUUGCCAGUUCAAAAGCAUUCGCUGUUUUCCGUAGUCUCCACUCGACGGCCAGGUAAUAUAAAGCACACACUACCUUUUUUAUCACAUCCACGGGUGCCCGCAUUCUCGUUGUCUCCUCUUCGACAAAUGGACAAAGUUUUUCGGUAAGUAGAAUCACAGCUGACCCGGACAUUCAAAAGUUCUCUUGCCGUCUGAGAUGUGUAGUAUCCGAAAUAGCUGCAAUCGCGCGUUUCCUUCACUUAAAGUAUUCAUGUGUGAUUUCCACAAGCGUCUGUACAUGUAGAAGAAGGAGAAAGACGGGCAUCUUCUGGAUGACUCGCCUUCAUAUUUCCAGUGGUUAGCUCCGGUUGUUAUGAAGCUGGCUGUGGCGCGUUAUUUCUGACUUCACAUCCUCUCCGAACUCAGUUUGUAAACGAUCAAUGAGUCUAUACAAAGCUAAGAGCCGGAGAUUCAAGAAAUACACGGCACACUUACUUAUUAUCCAAGGAGGGGGACCUUAAACAAUAGUUUAUUGUAGCUGACAAGGGGCUUAGGCUAAAUAAUUAUUAGUUUAAGGAGUUAUCCGGCUUAAUGUAGACAGGGCCUAACAUUACUCGUGUGACACGUCAAGGCAGGGCUAUUCAACUGGCCGUUCGGCCCGACCAUACCGACCCACCAGUUCAUUCAAAACUUGGGAGACUAACAUUUUUGAAGUACAUUCCUAAAAACACCAGUGUUCCUGUUGUAUAGAGGAACUUAGACCACUGUAAACUCAUUGGCAAAUACUUGAAUUGAAAUGUUUAACCUUAAUAGCAAACCUAAAACAAUUGGGUCCAAACUUUGGAUUUAUAUAUAUAACUGAGGCGUUCCUUAAGGCACCCCUUUCAGUCCUCUCCUUUUUGGCAGUUACACAUUUAUUUCGUAAUGUAAGUCGAGUCAUGUAACUAAGGUGUUGCUGUAGCUUGUUUACUUUAGUCGCCAUUGGUUCAACUUCUUUACUUAUACUAGUGGUGUUCCUCAAGGUUCUAUUUUAGGACCUCUCUUUUUCAUCGUUUGGGCUAUUCAACUGGUUCAAAAACUUGUGAGAGGCUCACAUUUUUGUAGCCGAUUCUUAAAAACACUAGCUGGUCUUUGACUAGCAGAAGGUCCUUAAAAACAGCAGAGCACUCUUGUAGCUCUGACAAAAUAAACAGACCAAAAUCAAAUGUCUACUGUACUGUAGAGGACGCUGGUUCUCCGGAAUAUAGAAAGUAAGAGUAAAAGGGACAAGUUCGUUGUCCCGUCCUUAGCUUUCUAGAAAAGUUAGCAGCUUGUAAAGGUGACUAUGUGGGUGUUAUUUCAUGUCUACAGGGCUAUUUCUUGACAAUUACAACUCAGUUCAAUUAAUGAGUCAUGUGUUUAUACUCCAGAUAAAAAAGUUUAUAUGAAAAGGUGAAGGGGGAAAACAAAGUUUAAUAUCUCUUACCACAGCUUAAACUUUAAUUGAAAAGUAAACAAAACACAAUAAUUGGGCAAAAACUAUGAAAAAAAACCCAAAUGUUUUUACACAUUAUAUCGUUAGAGGAAACGUUUGGCUACAAUAUGAAUUUAGAUAGUAAGGUCGUGUUAGAAAUACAAUUGUAAAUCUGUCACGACGGCAGCAUUUGAAGCGAUGCUAAAGAAGCGAUUAUCUCGACGGGCUUUUGCCCUAAACUAAACUACCAUGAUUACAAAAAGUAUGAAAAUGGAUGGAUGGAUGGAUGUUUACUCACCCUACAAUAAAAGUUUAACUGAGACAAAGUGUAAUUGUGCCCAUGAAGUCAUUCAGCCCAUCAAAGCAGAACAAGCAAACACCUGCAGAGCACGACCACCACUAAUGAAGUGACCGGUCGCCAUUAUUAUAACACGGGCCGGCCCUGGCGCAGUUUGCAGUAAUGUGGUCAUAGUCUGACUGAAACUGCUGUCCCUGCGACGUGAGCUUGGAUAAGCGGAAUAAAAUGGAUAGGUGUCGUUUGCAAGUCUAGCCGAGGUCAGUCAGUCACUCCUCCAGUAUUAGUUAACCCUUAAACAAGUGAAAAGAUGUCCAAGAAGCCUUCUUAUGGUCCAAGAAAACACUCACAUGUAAAUAUCUCAUUUCUUUCUGUGUGUGUGCCUCAAACUAACACCUUCUUUUGGUCUCACGCUUACAAUUUUUAGUUUUUUUGUUUUUUUUUUAACUUUUACCUGAAGACCGAUCACAUGUUGACCAGAGAAUGCACUGAGAAAAAUAGCAAAGACAAAAAAAGAAAAAAAAGAAUUGCCUAUCAGUGUCUUUCCAACCUCAGCGGAAUGUCACAAGUAUUUUUUCGCAACACUUUCAGAUAACACACAAGCUAUGUAGCCAAUGCUUCUUUUCUCUGUGUGUGUGUGUGCACAGUUGUAUUUCUAUCUUUGUGCAGCACAUUCCACUUUUUUUAUUCUGAGGUCUGUUUGUGUUUGCGUGAAUAUUGUGAGGGAGGAAGUCUUGUUGUGUGAUGUGUGAAUGAGGCAUGCACACGUCUGAUCAUCCGCUGUUUUUUUUGUGUGUGUGUGUCUAUGCUGCAGUGAAAUCAACACCAAUUAACCACACACACACACAUCGUCUGCAAAAAGCAACGUAUAAGCCGCAAACGGGAAGAGAAAAAAAAACGGUUUUGUUUGUUUUUUUAAUACACACACACACAAAGGUGAAAAAAUAUCUAGCUCAAGAACUGCAUGUGCUAUGUGCAUGCCACACUGUGGGUUAUACAGUCAUCUUCAGGACAUAAAAGAAAAACAGACUGAUGAAAUAAUAGAUAUGAAAAGAAGAAAAGAUGUAUAAAUAGAUGUUUUAAAAAAAAAAAGCAACCUUUCUUUUUUUCCUUCUAUUUUUGAGAACAAAAAUACUGCAAAAAAAGACCAAAAAAAACAAGAGACUUUGGCGAGAGUCUAUUUUUGAUUUUUGUCCUCUGUGACAUGGGCUUGAGGCACAACACAACCAUGUAGAAAAAUGACAACAAAUGUACACAAGUGCAGAUCUGAUGAUGAUGAUGUGUUUUGUCGAUAUCGUUUGUGCAGCGGGAGGGGGGAGGGGGGGGGGGGUCAA